CUAGUCUGUCAGACCGGAGGUUUGAAUGCAUUUUAACUGUAAAUCUUUCUACUUUUUAAUUCUGAAAGUUUUCGUUGUUAACCUUUGAAGACUGGUAACUCUUACGUUUUUGAUUAGUUCUUUAUUAACGGAAUUCGUUUUACUCUGAGUUCCAAGUAGUAGUGUAGUCUAUAUCAGAAGCAUACGCUCACACAAACCUCUGCGAACCAUGCAGGCCGCAUCAGCAUUUAGAAAGGUCGUUAGUUUGAUUCCCAAAUCCUUUUUCACCUUCCCCCGUUAUCGAUCCAACCUAACGGCAGGGAUUACACGAGCAAUUGUACCCGUAUCCUUGGCAGCUGUGGCGAAGAAAUCCAAUUGGGGGAACUCCUACGGUAGCAAUGAUUCCUGGUCAAACGGAAAUUCUUCCUAUUCGACUAGUUCUUUCCGACGAAACGAUUCAUUCAAUCGUGGUGGAAGUGGAGGCGGAGGGAGGAAUGACUUCAGUGGUCAAAAUCUUAAGAAGCCUACUUUCGAUCCGCGAACCAUGGUGCCAUUCCAGAAGGAUUUUUAUACGGAAUCUCCUACCGUGGCCCAGAGAUCUAUGAGAGAUGUAUCCGAAUUUUACGCGAAGAACCAGAUCACCGUUCGCGGUGCGGAUUGCCCGAAACCAGUAUUUGGAUUUGAAGAGGCUGGGUUUCCCGAUUUCAUCAUGCACAGUAUUCGGGACAGCGGUUACGUCGCUCCAACGCCGAUUCAGUCGAUCGGAUGGCCCAUUGCUCUUAAGGGGAAUAACAUGGUUGGAAUCGCUCAAACUGGCUCGGGCAAAACUAUUUCGUUUUUGCUGCCCGCUUUGGUCCAUUUGAAAGCGCAGCCACCGCUGCGUCGUGGAGAUGGUCCCAUCGUGCUGGUUCUUUGUCCUACUCGCGAGCUGGCGCAGCAGGUACAGGAAGUCUCUGUCCAAUUCGGCCGCCACGCGCACGUGCGCAGCUGCUGCGUUUAUGGUGGAGCACCGCGCAUGCAGCAAUCUCGCGAGCUGCAGAAUGGUGUGGAAAUUUGCAUUGCCACUCCUGGCCGUUUGUUGGAUUUUCUGGAAAGCGGAAGGACGAAUUUGGCUCGUUGUACGUACUUGGUUUUGGACGAAGCUGACCGAAUGUUGGACAUGGGUUUCGAGCCGCAGAUUCGCAAAAUCAUGGAACAAAUUCGGCCUGAUCGCCAAGUGUUGAUGUGGAGUGCCACUUGGCCGAAGGAAGUGAGAACGUUGGCUGAAGAGUUUCUGAAAGACUACAUUCACUGCACUAUCGGAUCUCUGAAUUUGUCGGCUAACCAAAACAUCACUCAGAUUGUAGCGGUCGUGCGUGAACAUGACAAGGAAAGCAAACUGGAACAACUGAUGCAUGAAAUCAUUCGGGAACGAGAGCACAAGACUAUCAUUUUCACGGAAACUAAGAAGAGAGCCGAUGAUCUCACUCGCCAUCUCCGGCAAAAAGGAUUUCCUUGUGUUGUGAUUCAUGGUGAUAAGAAGCAGCAAGAACGCGAAUGGGUUCUUGGAGAAUUCCGCACCGGGCGUAGCCCCAUCUUAAUUGCUACCGACGUAGCAGCUCGAGGACUUGAUGUUACCGAUAUCAAAUUCGUGGUCAACUAUGACUAUCCUAACCAGACAGAAGAUUACGUUCAUCGGAUUGGGCGUACCGCACGCAGUGACAAGACAGGAACGGCUUACACAUUUAUCACGGAGGAUAAUGGUAGCCAGGUUAAAGAGUUGCUGGAUGUCUUGAAGGAGUCCAAACAGCAGAUCAAUCCAGAAUUGUAUCAGUUAGUGGAACGCGCCAAAGCAUACAGUGCAGCUAAGCAGGGCCGUGGACGCUGGCGGGGACGAGACAGUGGCAGUGGCGGUCGGAGCCAUCCUUACGGCGGUGGCAGCGGAGGACGUUUCACGGGUGCAAGCAACCGAAACGGAGCUGGCGGGCCUUCCCGACCGCAGUAUGGUAAUUACAGCGCUAGUGCCGGCGGAGCGACGGGGCGUUGGUAGUUUCUUUCUGGCAUUACAUCUGAAGUCCUAUGUCUGGAGCCGUGGGAGCCCAUGAAGAACAUAUGGAAUUACAUUUGCAAAUUAUCAUUAGCUUUUUUGGUUAACGGAACGUACUAUAAUUUAUGUAUUACGGAACUUGGAUUUCCAGAGUUUUGAUGUUGGUGUUUGCGUAAAGUAGCAAGGUAGUGCUAUAUGGGUAACUGGAAUCUGAUGGAUGUUGUUUGUCUUGUCUAUCUUACAACUUCUGGCUGCUGAAAUGUAAGGUGCACUCUAAAUAAUUUCGAAGCAGGCUUAAAUUAAAAGUCAAGAUCAUGA